AUGGCACUUUCUGCAAAGAACAAGACAACCUUUGUUGACGGUACUCUUCCACGACCUAUUGCUUCUAAUUCUUUGUUCUUAUCAUGGACUCGAUGCAACAACAUGGUGAUGACUUCGUUCUCUAUUGAAAUCACACAAAGCAUCAUGUUCCAUGAUCAUGCCUCAGAUAUGUGGACUGACCUCUCGAAACUCUUUAAUCAAAGGAAUGGACCUCGUGUGUUUCAAUUGAAGACUCAUCUUCAUGCUCUUCAACAAGGAGAUCAUUCUGUGAAUAACUAUUUCACCAAGAUAAAGACACUUUGGGAUGAGCUCAAAGAAUUUCAACCCACGACAUUUUGUACCUGUGGAGCCCUAAAAUCGAUUCACGAAUUCUACAACCAAGAUGAAGUUCAUCAGUUCAUGACUAGUCUCAAUGAGUCAUACAACUCGGUAAGAGCUCAAAUCCUUCUUUUAGAUCCUUUACCCCCAAUUUCAAAAGUGUGUUCUAUGAUCGUUCAAGGAGAACGCCAACGCACCCUUGGGUCUUCCAUUCCACCUCUUGCUUCGGUUGUUCAACCCCACCCUAAUCCCAAUUCUCAGAAUAAUUAA